AUGGAUAAUUCCACUUCAAAAGGUAAAUAUUUAAUUCCAAUUUUAAGUAUCACUUUAACCUUACAAGUGUUGUAUUUAAAGAUACAGGAUCGCGUUUCGACAGCGACUGGAGUUUCUGUAAGAACUUUAAAACGGAUAGUUACAGAAUCUAGAAAAAUUGAUAGUGGAGAAACGUCGACCUUUAAAACAACUCUAUACGAAAAUCGUGUCCAGAAAAAAACCAAAAUAGAUUUGGAUGACACCGAUGUAGACAUUCUUCGACGAAUAAUUCAAAAUUUCUAUAUAACAGAAAAGAAGGUACCAACCGCAAAGGGAAUUUUAGCAAAAUUUUCUGCGGAUACGGGGUAUGGGGGCUGUCCAGAAAGUUUGCGAAAAAUAUUGCACGGUAUCGGUUAUCGCUGGAGGAAAACAAAAACCAAUAGAAAGCUACUAAUGGAAAAAAAUGACAUCGCCAAUUUGAGAUGUACAUUUUUAAGAAAUGUCAAACAGUAUAGGGAAGCAAAACGCCCUAUAAUUUAUAUGGACGAAACAUAUAUUCACUCAUCCCAUACCAACGCCAAAAAUUGGGAUGAUAAUACCAAUACUGGCCUCCAGAAACCAGUUUCUAAAGGCGAUCGAAUAAUUAUUGUUCAUGCCGGCAGUGAGAAUGGGUUUGUUCCUGGAGCGUACGCACGUUGGCGAAGUUCCUGCACUACAGGGGAUUACCACCGGGAAAUGAAUUUCAAGAAUUACAAGAAAUGGAUUACCGAUCAACUGUUACCCAAUUUGCCGGACAAUAGUGUAUUGGUUAUUGAUAAUGCCCCAUAUCAUAACAAACAAGUGAACAAAUGUCCGACAUCGACAACCCGGAAGAUGGAGAUGGCGGAUUGGUUGCGACGGCGCAACAUUAAUUUUUGUCCUCAGAUGACAAAGCCGGAGUUAUACAAUAUAAUAAAACAAAAUAAGCCAAGAUACAAAGAAUAUGAACUUGAUAAGUUGUUAAAUGACCGCAAUCAUGACGUGCUUCGUUUACCACCCUAUCAUCCCGACCUCAACCCAAUUGAAUUGGUGUGGACUUCCAUGAAGCAGUACGUGGCCGCAAAAAAUGUCACAUUUAAAAGGGAUGAUGUUGAAGUAUUAUGCGAUAGAUUUUUUUCAACAUUUGGUGAAGAAGAGUGGAAGAAGCGCUGCGAUCACGCCAUAAAAGUUGAAGACGCCUUCAUUGCUCAGCAGCCACGUUUUGACGACGUGAUGGAAAGCUUGAUCAUAAACCUCGGGGAAGAUUCCGAAACUGAGGAAUCUUCAGAGUCAGACGAUGAUUCCGAUAAAGCUUGA